GCUGAGUGGGCGGGGCUAUCGGAGCGGGUGUCCGACGCACUGUGGUCCCGCUCGCUCGUAGCCUCACUGUCCAUGGUGCAGCCGCCGCGCGGGGUCCUCAGUGCCCGCCGCCGCCGGGGGGAUGAGCCUGUGACCUCGGCGGGAGUUCGGGCCGCUCGGGGAAAGGAGCUUGAUGGAAGCGAUGUCCCCGCAACAGGAUCACGUCGGGCAGGGGCGCUCGUCCUCUGUGAGCGGGGAGUCCAGAGCCUCCGCAGCCUCCGAGAGCAAGAAGAAGAUGAAGAGUCUGGCUCAAAGACGUCAGUCUGCACCAUCUCUGGUCCUCAGUAAAGCACUUAAUAAGUCCAGAACUAUCACCAGGGAAAGCUGCUUCUCCCCAAUCAGUCCGGAAGCAUGUCCCCUUGUGCAGUCCUUUAUCUGCCCCAACAGAGCCUUUGUACUUGAUGGUCAUGUUCAGUUGAAGACGGGCCUUCAGACCCAGGAACGGCACCUUUUCCUCUUCACAGACAUCCUUGUUGUUGCCAAGUCCAAGUCACCAUCUCAUUUCAAACUAAAGAGCCAAGUGCGUCUCUGUGAGAUGUGGACGGCAUCCUGCAUGGAAGAGGUCUAUGAGGGCAGCACUAACCCGGAAAGGUCCUUUGUUAUAGGCUGGCCCACCACCAACUGUGUUGCUAAUUUUAGUUCCCCAGAGCAGAAGGAAAAGUGGCUCUCUUCCUUGCAAAGUCGAAUCAAAGAAGAGAAAGAAAAAGACUAUCCCAAGAACAUUCCACUGAAGAUCAUUGCGAAGGAUGUCGGAAAUUGUGCAUAUUCGAAAACGUUCCCUGUAACCAAUGCUGAUACAGCGAAUGAUGUGAUUCUUACAGCCCUGCAGCAGCUGGGGAUUAACGGCUCUGAAAAAGACUAUCAGCUGUGGGUGAAUUCGGGAAAAGAAGAUGCUCCUUACCCACUUAUUGGACACGAAUAUCCCUUUGGAAUUAAAAUGAGCCACAUUCGAGAUGCUGUGCCCCAGAUACAGGAAUCGAAAGACUGUGCCUACCCUCUUGACCUUCAUGGGUCCUUCUUAAUGGAACAGCUGCCCCGAGAGCUGCAGUGCCAGUUUAUACUGAAGCCAAGUCGUCUGGCCUUGUGCGAGCAACUGAAUGAACUAAGCCAAAAGCCAUUUAAAAGGAAAAAAUCGAUCAUAAACUGGGCCUUUUGGCGUGGUCCGGGCACUCAGCUGGACAAUAUACCACUGUCUCCAACAUCUCCUGUUCCAGGGAAACUCUUUGGUCUGUCGCUGCCAGCCAUCUGUGAGAAUGACAAUCUGCCCAAACCUGUCUUGGACAUGCUUUCCUUCCUUUACAAAGAGGGGCCUUUUACCAGGGGUAUUUUCAGACGCUCAGCAAAUGCGAAAUCCUGCCGAGAGCUCAAGGAGAAGCUUAAUUUGGGAGCUGAAGUGCACCUAGCUUGUGAAUCCAUAUUUGUGACCGCCUCAGUGUUUAAGGAUUUUCUUCGGAACAUCCCAGGCAGCAUUUUUUCAUCCCAGCUCUGUGAUAAGUGGGUCUCUGUAAUGGAUCAAGGGAACCAUGAAGAGAAGAUAAAAGACAUCCAAAGGCUAAUAGAACAACUCCCCAGAGCCAAUGUGGUUCUCUUACGUUACCUCUUUGGAGUAUUACACAGUAUAGAAAAGCAAUCUGAAGAUAACCAGAUGACUGCAUUUAAUCUAGCUGUGUGCAUCGCACCCAGCAUGCUGUGGCCUCCUGCUCCCUCUAGCCCUGAAACAGAAAGCGAAUUCACCAAAAAGGUUUCUGUUCUGGUACAGUUUCUAAUUGAAAAUUGCUGCAGGAUUUUUGGAGAGGAAAUUUCCACCCUCUUUGGGGACAUACUGAUACGAUGUGACAACAGAGAGGAUGGCUCAGAUCUCUCUUCCUUUCAUCUGAAUGAUUCUUCCUAUGACAGUUUGGAAAACGAGCUGAAUGAUGAUGUUGACUCUUCAUUUAGUGACUUGCUCAAAAAACGAGGUCAAGAUAACAGGAGCCGGGACUCAGUUUUGACUCUGAGUGAUUGUGACUUGGACCAGCCUGAGGUGGAAGAAAUUAAAAUUCAGCUGCCACCCAAAUCAAAACCAGUGCGAAUUUCUACUGGAUCACACCACGAAUCUGCAUUACAGGAUCAAUCUGAGAAUGAGUCUCUUUGCUCCAGUACCUCUGGCUGCUCAUCAGUAACAGUCCCUGAUGCUCGCAAAAGCUUGAGAAGACAGAGACGCUGCUCAGAGCCCACGAUUGGCCUUCUUGCCUCUAAAUUCAGCCACAUCAGUGGGGUUCAUGAGAACGCAGUACGUAAAGCCAGCUGUGACGCAGUGCUGUCGCACGUAGAUGAAGACUGUCUCAAGCAGCUUCGUUCAUUACAGGUGGAAGGGCAAAAGCUUAUUAAUCAGAGUUUGGUUAUGGGGAUAGAUGUGGGUCAGAGUGGCACCGUGGACCAAAAUGGUGAAAAGAAAGACUUGUCCAAUUGCCUCCUGCCUCCACCCCUGCUGAGAUUAAAUAUUUGCUCAAGAACUAGCUGUUCUAGUUUAUCUUCUCCCGGAACGUCCCCAUCUGGGUCCUCAAUGAGUUCCUUGGACAGUGCUUUCUCUCAGUUUUCGGACUAUUCAGUAUUUACUCCAACCGAGACCUCCUCGCCUUUGGAUUGUGCUUUUCAGCCUCAAAAGAAACAUGGAGAGCUUUCUCCUGAAUUUAACCCUUUCUCUGGAGUACACCUAGGUGCUGGCCUCAGUUCUUUUCCUAACCAAGCUAGCAGCAGCAGCUCCGUUGGUGUUAGAAAAGAGAGUCAAAAAAGCCCUGUAACUCUUCAUCCCAGCACAUGGCUAAAGAACGGAGCCUCCACAAUGAAAAAUUGGACUCUCCGAAAAAAGGAAAGAGUGUCCAAGCAAGAGGAGAAAAAGAAGAGUGUUGUUAAAAUAACUUUGGAACCACAAACGGAUUCUUCGGAUGCGUCAGAAGAUAACUUAUGUCAAGAACAACGGCAAGUUUUAAAAACACUUAUGUCAACAGGAGGAAUUAAUGCUGCGGAAACAGUCCAGGAGGGCAACUUUUCUUCUUCCCGGGGGGGUGGACAGCUAUGCGGCUCUCCACUUUGUGCAGGGGAAGCCAAAGACAAGAGACUAAAGGCGUUGGGGCUGUUGGCUGAGCAAAGCAAGGAGGAGGAAGAGGAGGAGGCAAACUCUCUAUUUGUUCAGUCACAUAAAAGACAGCUGUCCAACACUUUCACUCAGUGCACAAAUCCAAGGGCUGAGCAUGCCCAUGAGCCAGAGGAUGUUGUCAGUGCUGGACAUGAACUUUUCAUCAAGGACAGCUUAAGUAAGACUGUGAUUUCCACAGACUUAGGUGGCCAGCAAGUGACAAACUCCAAGAACAACAAAUCUUUGCCAAGCACUGAAUCAAAAAAUAUUGAUGAUGAGCCCAAAAGGGGCUUCUCUCGGUCUCCAAAAACCACAAAGGCAGUUGAUGACUGUUUGUUUAAACCUGAUGUUAAUAAAUGUCUUCAGAAAUCAGAGGAAGGGACCAAGGCCAUGGUCCAAAAUAAAAAGGAAUGGCCAAACAAGCAUUGCAGUGAUUCCAAGUUUGAAGAGCUUGACCAAAGGUUUUUUGCCGAGGAGUCUUAUGUUUAAAAUCACCACCUUUGGGACUAAUGUUGGAUCUGCUUAGGGUUCAAUACCCCAAGAAAUGAACUUUCACGGCGGGGCUACAGAACUCAUCCUGUCAUUAUGGGAAUUAUCAAAGUAACUUCCCCACAUACUGAUAUUGUGAUUAACUACCUUCCUAGAAUCUGGGAAGGUCCCAGAAAAUUGUUAAGAGAGGCACUCAGAUCCAAGACACUAGUGAGUGCAGUAGUGUGUUUGACAUAGAGGCCUCCUCUUGACCACUCGUGUUAAGCUUUGUAGAUGUAAGUCCGUGUCCUUUGUGGUUUUGAUGCAGUAUACAUGGUCAGCAUAGAUUCCAUAACUGUGGUAUUCUACUACUGUUUUGAAACUAUGAUGGUUAUUACUUUCAUUGCUCUCCAAGGAAGAAGUGUCGUGCUUUGUAUGUUAACGAAGUAACUGUUCAGUAGUUCCAGUCCUCUCCGUCUUGCAGCAAAAGAAGAAAAACAAUGUAAGCUUGAAAAAGAAGUGACAUUAAAUGCUGAAGCUUGUAACUAACAACUCCCAACUCUGUGUGUUUCGUUUAUUGUACUCCAUUGGGUGUUCUUUUUAUGUUUAAGUUGUGAAUAGUUUAUUAAUAUUGCUGUAAAAUGGCAUGUAUUAUUGCAAGCAGAACACAUGUAAUUUUAUUAUGCGCUAUCUAAAUCAUCUUAUAAUAUAUUUAAAGUAAUGCAUUAUCUAAAAUGCUUUGAGUUUGUAUAAUAUAUCUUGAUAAAUUUUGCUAUUAUAUAUGGUCUGAAAUAAAUGUGUAUUUUUGUACUUGCAGAACUGCUGCUAACUUUACAAAUUCCGUUUUUGUUGUUACGGCACUGGUAUUGGUGUAUGCAUUCAAUGCUGUACAUUAAAUAAAAUCCAUUCUGUCAUAAAGUCAACCAAAACAAUUUUCCAAGUAACCCUUCAGUUCUCUGGCUUUAAAGUCACGUUUAUUUACCAGUGGAUUGUGAUGUUAAUGAUGCUUCUUAAAAACCUACUUUGUUUUCCCCCUUUUUUUAUCUCUAGAUUUUGACAUUUGCUUCUGUAGUAAAUGCUUUUGUUUUGUUUACUAGAAGGAGAUGGUAUAUUUCAGUUUUGGCAAAAGAGAACAAGCUGCAAUGUGAAUACAAUUCAAUAGAACUUUGGAGGUCAGGUCUAUGGGUUCUUUCUUGCCUAGUGAUAUCAAUGGGAAUUUUGCAUGGGAAAGAAUUGCAGGAUUUAGGCUUUACUUUCUGUACAGCACCAUGCAUAUAAAGUGUAUCUCAAACAUUGCAGAACUCAACAACCUGAUAAUCUAGUUAAAGAAUAAUUCCUCUUCCCCUUCUGCUAUUCCCUAAGAGGCAUAUUCAAAGGAGAAUCAGGUGUUUUCAGCUGAGCUCUAAAAUGAAAUGAAGAGUCAAGGAUAGGGAGAAGCAAAAGGUAAUGUUUUCAAAUAAUGUUGUUUGUAGUGUUGUAACCAAGUUGGUCCCAGGAUAUUUCAGAUAAUAGACGUUUGGCUGGGUAAUGGAUCCUGUAUGAAUAUUGGCAAGGUUUUACAGAAGGCUAGAAGGAAGGCCAGUGCUUCUGGAAUGGUAUUGAUUCAGUUAGUAACGUUCCCUUUUUAAAAAUGGCUUUCGCCCACUUCAAAUAGUAUUGAUCAGUAUAAUAAUUUUAACAGUGUGUUGUAUUCAGUCACACUGGGGCAAGAUUCCAAAAGCACCAAUGGGACUUAGGCACCUAAGACUCUGAGGUGUUUUUGAAAAUGUUACCUGCUGUCUAAUGCCACAAGCAGCUGCAAAGAGCAGUCUAUGGAAGCACUGCACCAUUUCACCAGGCAGAACAAGCAAUCUGUCUGCAUAUCUGUCAGCUGGAAUGACUAAAUAUGUUUAAGAAUGUCUCUUGUAUUGAAAAUAUCCAUUCCAAGGCUUACUGUUUUGGGACCUGAACUUGCAAAUAAUUUAUACCCACGAUUGUAGCUACAUCUACAGAGACCCACUGAAGGCACCACGACUUCAGGCAAGUAAAACUGUUUGUGGGAUCAGGCUCGUAACCACCAUCUGUUCUCUCUCAU